AAAAUUGAACGACGUUAACUUUUGUUUGAUGUGGCAAACGGUGAAGCCAUGUCUUAUGUCAGCUUUCCUCUUCACUCUCUGUCACGUUGCUUUUUCCUUUAUCUGGUCAAUAAGAAUCUGACACGUGUCACCUCUUUUCUACCCCAAAUUAGGGUUUGCCAAAUUGGGGAAACUUGCCCCUGCACUUGCGUCACGAUUUUGCUCUUCUAUCUUACGCCGUCAUGAGCCAAGAACGCGAGAAGGGAAGGGUUGUUCUCUUACAAGUGGCAAAUGGAGUUUCUGUUGUGUUUUUGGAUUUGUAGGUCUGUUGCAGCACUCGCGAUUUGGGAUUUCGCUUGGUCGUGGUUCUCGACUGGUCGGAGCAAACUUGGUGUGAUUCUGGGAAUGCUAUGGAUGACUCGGGAGGAAGAAGAAAGGGCUCUGCUAUUUGGAUUCUUUGCAGGUGAAGAAUGGAGAUGCUUGCUUGACCUGUGGCUUGGGUUGUUGCGCGAUUGGGGUGAUGGUGCACGAGAAGCGAAACUGUGGUUGCUCUGCCGAGAAGAUGAACGAAGUUCUCAAGCACAAGCAACGUGACAGAGAGUGAAGAGACAAACUGGCAUAAGACAUGGCUUCGCCGUUUGCCACAUCAAACAAAAGUUAACGCCGUUCAUUUUUAAGGACUAUUAGUAAUAGUUUCAAAACUAUGAGGACUAAAAGCAAUCAAAGUUUUGAGUAUGGACUAAACCCAAAAUCGUGUGAUACUUAAGGAACGAAAAACAUAUUUAACCCUAUAUUAUAU